AUGGAUCGAUUGGAUACCGUUCAGCCAAAAGAGGAGUGGACUUCGGAUGGGGAUAUGACUGCAGAGAAACGAGCACGAGCCGAUACGACAGUGAAGAACAACCCCGUUUAUAGACUGACCGAUACGAUGGGCGGUGGCUUGCUGAUUCCUUUUAUUCGGUACGCAAUUGCCACCGGCGACGAAUCGCUGAUUGACGAAGUUAUCGCUAAAGAGGUGAAGCCGUUAAUGUACCGUGGUGGUCACGGUAAGCUGGCACCGAUCUCAGAGCUUAUACUCAUCAGAAACCGUCAGCGCAAUGCCCUUUUGAGUGCGUUAUAUCGGCGAAAAGGCAAAGGUAAACAAGGUCCAAACGUACUGGAAGCGGUCGAUCAGGAAUAUACCAAUCCAGCGAACGUCCGAAAAGUUUUGAAGUUGCUCGAUGGAGGAGGAAACGACGAAAAAGACCGAUAUCGUGAAAUAGUGUGGAGUCUGAAGGAACGUGGUGCGAUGGGUGAAACUCUGCUUGGAGCGUGUUUGUUGAAUGGAACUCGGCAACACAAUUCACUCGCUCGUAAACUCAUAAAAAUGUUUCCCAAACUUGUCAAUGACAUUUGCGUAAGUGAGGAGUGCUAUGGUCUAUCGCCACUGCAUCAAGCCAUAAUGAAUGAAGACCCUGAAAUGGUCUAUUUUUUGUUGCAAAAUGGCGCCGAUGUUCAUGCACGGAGUGUUGGUGCACUGUUCUGUCCGGACGAUCAGAAAUCGACAAGAACCGAUUCACUCGAGCACGAAUGGGUUGAAAUGGACUUGGAAACCGAUUACAAUGGGAAGAUGUAUUUUGGUGAAUAUCCUCUUUCGUAUGCGAUUUGUGCGAAUCAGAUGGAUUCAUUCCGAUUAUUGAUAGCCAAAGGUGCAGAUCCAAACCUGAAGGAUACCAACGGAAAUACGGCACUCCAUCUGGCCAUGUUCGAAGAAGUGCUGAAACUUGAAGCGGAUGUGAGAUGGUCUCAUUACGGUGUUGCAGUCAUAUCGUAUCCUCUCGAAAACAUCGACACCAUCAACCAAAGGGACGGUGAACUGAACGAGGAUAGUGCCCUAUCAAUGGUUGUUUAUAAUGAAAAACGUGAACACCUUGACCUCUUUGAUGGUCUUAUGGAGGACUUGCUGACCGCUAAAUGGAAAGCAUUCGCUCGCGGAAGACUCGUGAUAUCAUUCAUCGCAUUUUUCACCUAUUUUGUCGCGGUUUUUAUUGUGUUCAUGUGUCGUUCGUCGACUCGUUUCGUGAAGGACGGAACAAGUGCGCUGACAAUACCGGACGGUGAUCAGGAGGAGUUCAAUAUGACGAACAAUGUUGAAAUUACUGCGUCAAUAUUGCAUGAAUGUCAAAUCUCUUGGUACUAUACGAGCCACGAAAACUCAACAGAACAACUGGUGAGCAGUUCUUUUGUGAUAUUCACGGAACCUAUUUGGUCUGAAAGCAUUCGUAUUGAAUCUAAACCAUUAGAUAAGACUCUGAUUCUCAUCAUCGCUGAGGUUUAUAUUCUUAUAGCUACGAUCUACCAAAUUCUUGACGAUUUUCAAGAUUUGCGCAAUUGUGGACGCAGACGGAUGUGGAAAGUACUCAAAGCGUUUCCUGCAAAGAUUGCCUAUAAGUGUUCGUUUUUCUUCGUAUUAGCCAUUGUACCGAUUCGUCUCUGUUGUACCCUCGGUAAAGUGGCACUACUUCUUGACGACAUUCUGUCAGUGAUUAUCGUUUUAUGCGUUGCAGUACAUUUCCUCUUCUUUCUGAGGGCCGUUAAAUUCGUUGGACCGUUCGUGUUGAUGAUAUAUAACAUUGUUACGAGGGAUAUCAGUCGUUUCCUCCUCAUUUACGCGAUUUUCGUGCUCGGUUUUUCACAAGCGUGUGAUCGUGAGCGGGCAUAUUCUAAUGGUACGAACACGACGGAAGUAUUGAAGCAUCCAGUUCAUUACAUAAAAGGCACAUCAUCAAAUUUCGAUAUGUCGUCGCCGUGUGAAGCGGCGAUUCGUUUGUUUAUGACCACUCUUGGCGAGUAUACAGUACUCUAUCGACAUCUUCAUCAUUGCCCAUAUAGCUUCAUGAGGACUGUUGGCAAGUUACUCUUUAUAAUCUAUCAGUUAUUGGUUAGUCUGCUGAUGAUCAAUUUACUAAUUGCGAUGUUAACUCGAACAUUCAAUCAGAUUGCGCAAACACAACAAGAAUGGAAACGACAGGUGGCACGAGUGAUUUUAAUGGUUGAACUCUCAAUGAAACCCGAAGAUCGUCUGCAUGCUCUCAUUCAGUACUCACGACCAAUGCAAGACGACAAAACGCGUCGUGCAUUCAUCGUCACCAAAAAAAUUGAGGUGCAAAAUCUUUCGGCACGAGAAAAACAAGAACGUGCUGAAAAGCUGAAAUCUGUAAAAGAUGCACGGCACAGGUCGUUGAGGAGACGUCUUAAGGUCUUAUUUGCUCAUGAAUCACUUCACAAUAUACCGGAUCAUUUCCGGGGAUCGGCUCGCGAUUUUCAGCACUUGUAUGAGCACUCGGAGUAUUCAGCACAAUUUUAG